AAUCAAAAUGGAACCCUUAUUCCACUACGCUAUCCUCUCCCUUGCAUUCAUCUGCACCGUUAAGAUUUUCUUCCAAAUCCAAUCAAGAAGGAUCAGAAACCUUCCACCGGGUCCACCAACCCUCCCCAUCAUCGGCAACCUCCACCACCUCAAGCAACCAAUCCACCGCACCUUCUCCGCGCUCUCCCAAACCUACGGCGACAUUCUCUCACUCUGGUUCGGCUCGCGUCUCGUCGUCGUCGUCUCGUCCCCCUCAUUGGUCCAAGAAUGCUUCACCAAAAACGACAUCGUUUUAGCCAACCGCCCUCGCUUCAUUGCCGGCAAGUACAUCUUCUACAACUACACCACCUUGGGCUCCGCCUCCUACGGCGACCACUGGCGCAACCUCCGCCGCAUUACAACCAUCGACGUCCUCUCCACCAACCGCCUCAACUCUUUCUUGGGAAUCCGCAGGGACGAGACCAAGCGGUUAAUUUGGAAACUUGGACAGGACGCCACGUGUCAUGAACCCACCAAGGUGGAGUUGAGAUCGAGGCUUACGGAGAUGACGUUCAACGCCAUGAUGAGGAUGAUUUCGGGGAAGAGAUAUUACGGUGAGGACAUCGACGUAACGGACGUUGAGGAAGCUAAGCAGUUCAGGGAAAUUAUAACGGAGAUGCUGUCUCUGUUUGGCGCCAACAACAAGAGUGACUUCUUGCCACUCCUCAGAUUGUUCGAUUUUGAGGAUUUGGAGAAGAGGCUGAAGAGGAUUGGGAAGAGAGCUGAUGCAUUCUUGCAGGGUCUAAUUGAGGAGCACCGAAGUGGGAAGCAUGGGAGUGCUGACACCAUGAUUGAUCACCUCUUGAAACUCAGUGAGUCGCAGCCUGAGUACUAUUCUGAUCACAUCAUCAAAGGUCUUAUUCAGGCUAUGCUUCUAGCUGGAACAGACACAUCAGCUGUGACUAUAGAGUGGGUAAUGUCUGAAUUAUUGAACCACCCUGAAGUAUUGAAGAAGGCAAAAGAUGAAAUAGACACUCACGUUGGAAAGGAACGAUUAGUACAAGAGCAAGAUCUGUCAAAACUCCCAUACCUUCAAAACAUCAUAUCUGAGACACUUCGAUUACAUCCUCCUGCUCCAUUAUUGUUACCACAUUAUUCUUCAGAGGAUUGUACUAUUGGAGGAUACAAUAUUCCACGGGACACUAUAGUGUUGACUAAUGCAUGGCUCAUUCAUAGAGAUCCUAAACUUUGGAAUGACCCCACAAGUUUUAAGCCUGAGAGAUUUGAAAAGGAAGGAGAGGUGACCAAGUUAAUUGCAUUUGGGUUGGGGAGAAGGGCUUGCCCUGGUCUGGGCUUGGCCCAACGUACGGUGGGCUUCACUAUGGCAUUAUUAAUUCAAUGCUUCGAAUGGGAACGAGAAAGUGAGGAAAAACUUGAUAUGAUGGAGGACAAAGGGAUCACCAUGCCAAAGCUAAUUCCAUUACAGGCCUUGUGCAAAUCACGACCUAUCGUCAAUGACGUUAUGAACUAA